AUGUCCACUCACGAGAUUGAUACAAUUCUCAGCACACUCAGUAUCGAAUCAGACGAUUCUUUAAAACCAUUUUUCCAGGAUUUUGAGAAAUUUUAUGAACAAAAAUUAUGGUACCAAUUGACAAAUAGACUAAAAGAAUUUUAUCUAGAUGAUAACUCUACAAGUCUAAGAUUGAGAAUCUAUGACACUUUCAUAUUGAAAUUUUUCGACAGAAUUAAUCAAUUCGACGUGGUAGAGUUCUUACUCCUAUCAAUCAAGAAUUAUACCGACCAUCAAGAAUCUAUCAAUUAUUUGAACCAAUUGAAAUCUUCUUUCAUGGAAUUAGACUCUAAGAAACAGAGAAAUGAUGGUUUGGAAGAUCAUAGUAACGGAUGUCUCCUCAUCGAUUUGGAAAUUGCAAGAUUGUACCUUUUCCAAAAUGAAAUUAUCAAAUCAAGAGAUAUCCUUGAUAAUGUUGAAUCCAAUUACUUAAAUAAAAUGGACACUUUACCUUUGAAAGUCAUAAAUGCAUUCUAUUCUGUAAAUUCACAUUUUUUCAAGUUGAAAAACGAUUUCAAUAACUAUUAUUAUACAUGUCUAUUGUAUCUAUCAACAUUAGAUGACGAUACAAAGAGGACAGUUACACCUUUGGAUUUACAGAAUUUGGCUUACGAUUUGAGUAUCUCUGCAUUACUUGGUGACAAGAUUUAUAACUUCGGUGAAUUAUUACAUCAUCCAAUAAUGUCAAAUAUUUCAAAUAAUUCGAAUUUUGAAUGGCUUUUCAAAUUAUUAAAUAUCUUAACAAAUGGUGACUUCCAAAAUUUUGAAAACCUAAUUAAUUCAAAUGUAUUAUCAAAUAUACCAGUCUUAUCCAGUCAUGAAAACUUCCUCAGACAAAAAAUUUGUCUAAUGACUUUAAUUGAAAGUGUAUUCUCCAAGAAUAUUAGAACCCUUACAUUCGAUGAUAUCUCAAAAUCCACUCAUUUAUCUAAAAAUGAUGUAGAACAUCUAGUGAUGAGAUCAAUUAGUUUGGGUCUAUUAAAAGGUUCUACAGAUCAAGUUAAUGAAAUCGUAAGUAUUACUUGGGUGCAACCAAGAAUCAUCAAUUUCGAUCAAAUUGCUAAGAUGAACAAUAGACUAAUUGAUUGGAAUGAACAAGUCACAAAAUUAGGUGAACAAAUUGAAUCUCAUGGUAAAUCAAUCUGGGUUUAA